CAAAAAAAUAAAAAAAACAGGGGUAUCUGCAACAAUCCUCAUUGCUACACAAUUAUUGACCCGGGGCUUGCAUAUACGUAUUCCUGUUAUCUGAUUUCAUUAUGGCCGCAACACCUUCAGGUUCCGCCAAUGACGUCCCCAGUUCGAAUGCUGAAGCUUUGCAGCCGAAGUUGGACCUCCCGUCGUCAGCCGCUGAUGGUUUAAUCCAAAAGCCAUUCCCGAAGCCUCUCGCUACUGCACAAAUCCCUGCGCCGGAACCGCUCACGGAGGAGCAACAGGGGAAAUACAAUGAAGUCUUGAAGAAUGUUUCCGAGUGGACAACGGUCCCGACUUCGUCUGAAAAGAAUGCUCCUACAGCCCCCAUUACGGACGACGAGCGCAUGUGGCUGACACGCGAUUGUCUGCUCCGAUACCUGCGUGCGACCAAGUGGGACAAGGCCAAGGGGGACGAUGCAGUUACCCGGAUACAGAAAACCCUUGUCUGGCGUCGGGAAUAUGGCAUGGAGAAACUGACGGCCGACUACAUCUCCAUUGAGAAUGAGACCGGGAAGCAAGUCAUUCUUGGGUACGAUGUCAACGGCCGGCCUUGUCUGUACCUCAUCCCCUCGAAUCAGAAUACGGAGAAGAGCGACCGACAGAUUCAGCACCUUGUCUUUAUGUUAGAGAGGGUCAUUGACCUCAUGGUUCCGGACCAGGAGACUCUGGCGCUGGUGGUCAACUUCAAAGAGACCCCAAGGGAGAAGAAUGCGUCGUUUGACCAGGCAAAGCAGACAUUGAGCAUUCUCCAGAACCACUAUCCGGAGAGAUUGGGUCGGGCCUUGGUCAUUAAUGUCCCUUUCCUAAUCCAUGGAUUCUUCAAGCUCAUCUCGCCAUUCAUUGAUCCGGUCACCAAGGAGAAGAUGAAGUUCAACGAGGAUCUUCGCAAACAUGUGCCUGCCGAACACUUAAUGAAAGCCAUGGGAGGCGACGUGGAGUUCCGAUACGACCACUCGGUUUACUGGCCAGCAUUCAACCAGCUGGUAGAGCUGCGCCAAAAGGAAUACCGUGAACGCUGGGUCCAAGGAGGCAAGCAGAUCGGAGAGUAUGAGAACUACCUCCGGGGUGGUCCCCAGCCCAGCCUGUCACAGACCGGUGAAAAGUCUUGAUGGAAACUCGCUCGUUGAGUGUUGUUUUUUCUUGCCUUCUUUCUUUAUAUAUAAUUACUUUCUUAUCUAAUAUCGUUGUGAGCUGCCUGUCCUCAUUAUAAUCAUUGCAUUUCAAGCCGAGUAUUUGAUAGCAUUUUUGGGAGUGAUGUUCGGAGAUAUUUGUUCCAUCCAUGGAUGUUUCUUUCUUUUCGUGCAUACCUGGGCAGUCUAUCAAUUCUUAUUGUUCUCGUUAUAUACAUUGUUGUCGUAUUAUGGACAUAUAUAUAUAGUCUAGUCAAAUUUAUUGAAUAUGAGUAUAUAAUAUCCAGGG